CGAUUGCCGUCCAUUUAAGCAGGUCGCACCUUCUUAGCAAGAACGUCUCCUCACGAUCGAUAAGAAGGAGCCGUCUUGAAACUUGAUAUUGUCACACAAUGGCAGGUCGUCGAGUCGUGGCACGUCGUGCUCUACAGAGCCUGUACAUCAAUCCUGGGGUAAGCCGACCAUCAUUGGCGACAACAGCAAGACUCGGCCAAGCAGUCAACACAUCCAAGUCAGGAGGCAGGAAGUUCCAUGUGUCUAGCAGACAACUGAAGCCUGCUACUGCAUCCGCCCUCCAAUCGACGGCAACAGAAUACCCCACCACGCACGAACAGAUCCAGCAACCCAUCGACACGCAGAACUUCCUCGACAACAAGUUCGUAGCUUCGAAGGCCACGCAACGGAUCGAUCUCCACGACCCCGCUACCAACAACCUCGUCACCCGCGUCCCUCAGUCCACCGAUGAAGAGCUCAAGGCGGCAGUGGCUUCGGCCGAGAAGGCCUUCCCUGCAUGGAAGGCUACAAGCUUGCUGGCCAGACAACAGAUCAUGUUCAAGUUCGUCGCUCUGAUCAGAGAGCACUGGGACCGCUUGGCUGCUUCCAUCACUCUGGAGCAGGGCAAGACCUUUGCCGAUGCCAGAGGUGAUGUCCUCCGUGGUCUUCAGGUUGCUGAGACGGCUUGUGGCAUCACGACCCAGUUGACCGGUGAGGUGCUCGAAGUCGCCAAGGACAUGGAGACAAGAUCAUACAAGGAGCCUCUCGGUGUCGUUGCCGCCAUCUGCCCCUUCAACUUCCCCGCCAUGAUUCCUCUGUGGGUCAUUCCCACCGCCACCAUUACUGGCAACACUGUCGUCGUGAAGCCUUCCGAACGCGACCCUGGUGCCAUGAUGAUCCUCUGUGAGCUUGCAGAGAAGGCCGGCUUCCCUCCUGGUGUCAUCAACGUUGUCCACGGUGCUGCAAAGACUGUCGACUUCAUCAUUGAUGAGCCUGCCAUCAAGGCCAUCAGUUUCGUUGGUAGCAACAAGGCUGGCGAAUACAUCUUCACCCGUGGUUCCGCGAACGGCAAGCGUGUCCAGGCCAACUUGGGUGCAAAGAACCACGCUGCUGUUCUGCCCGACUGCAACAGAAACGCUACCAUCAACGCUAUCGCAGGUGCUGCUUUCGGCGCCGCUGGUCAGCGAUGCAUGGCUCUUUCGACUGUUGUCUUUGUUGGCGAGACCAAGAGCUGGGUCGAUGACAUUGCAGACCGUGCUAAGGCCCUGAACGUCAACGGAGGCUUCGAGAAGGACGCCGAACUCGGUCCCGUCAUCAGCCCUCAAGCAAAGGAGAAGAUCGAGGGGCUUAUUACCAGCGCCGAGAAGGAGGGCGCCACUAUCGUUCUGGAUGGCCGUGGCUGCAAACCUGCGAAUUACCCCAACGGCAACUUCGUCGGACCUACCAUUAUCACAAACGUCACAAAAGAUAUGACAUGUUACAAGGAAGAAAUCUUCGGCCCUGUACUUGUCUGUCUAUCCGUCGACACCCUCGAGGAGGCUGUAGAUCUGAUCAACAGUAACGAAUACGGAAAUGGAGUCGCCAUCUUCACAAACUCAGGAGCAACCGCCGCACGCUUCCAACGCGACAUCGAAGCCGGUCAAGUCGGCAUCAACGUCCCCAUCCCCGUCCCACUCCCCAUGUUCUCCUUCACCGGAAACAAAAAAUCCGUCGCCGGCGGUGGCGCCAGCACUUUCUACGGCAAGCCCGGUCUCGCCUUUUUCACCCAGACAAAGACCGUUACAAGCUUGUGGAGAAGCGAGGAUGCUAUUGCUACAAAGGCUGAGAGUGUCAUGCCUACUAUGCGUUAAGAGAUGGUGGGGAUGGAAGGAAGGUAGGGUUUAUGUAGGAGGUAUGAUUAAAAUGAUUUAAUUCUUUGAUAAAACCAAAGGUGUUUACGAGGAGAGAAG